UUCAUGUGUUGGCUCUCCCAGCUGCAGAUGUGGUGGGGCGCUUAACAAGAAGUUGCGCCAGGUGCGGCAGUUGGGUGUCAAUUCGUCGUUUCUGAGCUUGCGUGACAGUGGAACAGGUGAGUGCUGCCUUAUCAGAUUUAUAACCACAACCCCGAUACUAAUGCGGGCUGACAACCUGUGUUACCCACCCAACUUCCCUCAGGCUGGUGUGUGUGGGAGAAGGAAGUCGUUGGAGGACUUGGUAAACAUGCUGGAUCAAAAAGGGAAUGAGAGCCGAGGCCACGUCUUAUCAUCGGUUACCAACUUCGUCUACAGCAAUGAAGAUGAUUUCAUGGCUGAUUCCAAAACACCAGGAUUCUUCCAAGCUGUUCAAAAGAAGAUCACAGUGAAAGACCUGCUAAGAUUGAGGUGUCAGACAGGGAUCUUGGAGCCUAAACUCAAACGUGCAAAAACUGAAGAUUUUGCUCCAGAGAUGAGUCCUCAUCUGUCUAACCUUCCAGCGCCAGGACACCCAAAUACCCCUGCUGGUUUUUCCUCUGCAGCUGAAAACAUGGUCCUGCAACAAAUUCAAGAUAUGUUGCAGCAACCACCUCUGCAGCAACAAAAUUCUCCAACUUCUGAAGUCAAAAUGACUUUAUUUCAUUGGCAAAUACAACAAGAAGUGCAGAACGUUGGAGGACUUUCUGCUGAGCUGCUGAACAAGCAGGACUCAGAUGGUGACACAUUUCUUCACAUAGCAGUAGCUCAAGGCAGACGAGCUCUCGCUUAUGUGCUUGCUGCAAAAAUGGCAAGAUGCGGCUCUUUGGAGAUGAAAGAACACAACGGACAGACGGCUCUCCAGAUCGCGGCUGCCAGCAAUCAGCACUUAAUCGUUUACGACCUCCUGACUCACGGAGCACAGAUCAGCACCAGAGACCUGUGGGGUCGCUCUCCUCUGCAUGUGUGUGCAGAGAAAGGCCAUUUUCAAAGUCUUCAGAGCAUCUGUAGGGCCCUAACGGGGACUGACCAACAACCCGACAUUGAAAUAUUCAACUAUGAAGGUUUGACUCCACUUCAUGCUGCGGUCAUGUCUCACAACGCCGUUGUUAAAGAGAUGAGGUGUCUGGAAAAUCCCUGUUCAUAUAUGAUGAUGGAGUUCACACAGAAGAAACUCAUGUAUGUGGAGUGCAUUAAGACUCUGAUGCACAUGGGCGCCUCCUGUGGGACAAAGGAUCUGAAAAGUGGACGGACUUGUCUUCACAUGGCAGCUGAGGAGGGAAAUUUGGAGCUGCUUCACAUUUUUCUUGACAAGUCAACAUCACUGGCUGUUGUAAACAUAAAGACAUUCAGUGGAAACACGGCUCUGCACAUCGUCAGCUCUUUGCAAAAUCACAAGACUCAAGUGGAAGCUGUGAAGUUGCUGAUGAGGAAAGGAGCAGAUCCGGGGACCAGAAAUUUCGAGAAUGAGCUGCCGUGUCAACUGGUGUCUGAAGGACCCAUUGGGGAAAAGGUGCGUCAGAUCCUCAAAGGGAAAUGCUUUUGCGCUUAAGUGAAGUUUAAGAACACUGUCAGUUAGACAGUCGAGUCUAUGAUAUUAAUAUUUGCCAAACAAGGCAGAUGCUGGUUGUUUCAGUGAAACAUACUGAUUGUUUGUUACCAUGUAAUUCUUAGAAAAAGUUUUUUUUUCUUGGGGUUUUCAGUUAUUCUUGUGGUUUAAUGAUGGAGGAUGAUUACAUACAGGUUAAAAAAAAAGGAGGAAUAAUUUCUUUAUUAUUUUUAAAUAUUUUUUAAACUAAGCUUUACCUUUUUAAUUUGUUUUGUGUGUCAAAUUUAUAAAAUUAAGAUGCUGAGUUGAGAAAUUAGACAGUCUGAUUACAUUCUGUUUGUAAGUGAUGCAGCCGAGAUUCAGAUAUUACACAUUUUGUAAAUAAUCAUGUAUUAAUGUAGUAUGCAGAAAAAACAUGUUAACUGUAGUUUAUUAAGAAAUUAAAAUGUACUUUGUAAUGUUUAAUCAUGUUAACUUGUACCAUGGCAAAUUAAAUCCCUUGUUUAUUCUCA